UUUGACUCCAGCCUGUUCUUCUUUUACAGUUUUUACUUUGUAUUUGGCUUUUUUAAAACUUAAAUAAUUCGCAUUUACAAUUAAAAGACAAAUAAACGUAAUACUCGCGCGGGAACAAUGAAGCUGGCGGACAUUAAAAAGUUAAAAGUGGCCGAGCUGCGGUCCAGACUUAAAGAGCUGGGGCUGGACAGUAGAGGGCUGAAGGCUGAGCUGGUGGAGCGGCUGUGGUCCGCAGCAGAGGGGGAGCCGAGCGGGGGAGACGGUGAAGAAGAAACGCUGAAGCUACAUGACAGCUCACCUAUACUUUUAGUACAGACAGAGCCAGCAGACGUCCGCCCUCCAUCCUCAGAGAUUGGUGCUACUGCGCGACAUGAAGUAGACCGCGGCUACACAGACAUGGCCACACAGACUGUGGCUGAGCCCAGUCCAGCUGCACCACAGCCCGACUCGGAGGCUGCUGCUGCUGCGGGUGUCACUGCCUGCCCUGCGGAGGGAGGAGAACAGGGGCAUGCGGAGGGUCCAGUAGAGGAGGACAUGGGCAGAGGAAGGUCGUUCUACGAGUUCAAAGAGGAGAUACGAUACAAGAGAGCCAAAUCACCACAGCCCCCUGCGGAGAGGAGUGAGGCAGAGGAACAAGAUGAAGAUAAAGUCAGACUAGAUAAAUAUGGCUCUCACCUGCACUUCGAGGUGAGUCCUGAUGGAUCCUCUGGCCAGCCGCGGUUCUGGGCUCAAUUCCCCCUGCUGUGGUCAGGCUGCAGGCUCACCCAUGGGGUGCAGCAGGGCAGGGUGGGCUUUGAGGUGAGGCUGGAGAGGAAACUGUUGACUGCACAGCCAGAUGACCAUGAAGUCAGGGAGCCAUAUGGACUGAGAGUUGGCUGGUCAGUGGCCGUCUCCUCUCUGCUGCUGGGUGAGGAUGAACUCUCUUUUUGUUAUGAUGGACGUGGUAAAAAAGUGUCAGAUAGAAAGGAAGAGAACUUUGGAGAGCCUUUUUCGGAGGGGGAUAUCAUCGGCUGUUAUGCUUCUUUCUCCUCAGAUGGCGCUGUCGAGCUCUCUUUCCAUAAAAAUGGUCGUUUUGUAGGAGUGGCCUUUUCCACGGACACCUCGGUGCUACGGGGUCGUGCUCUGUUCCCUCAUGUCCUCUGUAAGAGCUGUUCGUUCAAAUUGCUCCUGGACCCUGCAGCUCAACCCUGGUACCCCGGCCCUCCGGGGUUCACACCGUUGGCCACUCUUCCUCCUGGGCAAAGGGUGUGCUCCACAUCAGCUCCAACCUCCAGAGCACAGUGCGAAGUGGUGCUGAUGGUGGGUCUUCCUGCCUCUGGGAAGAGCGUCUGGGCGAGGAAUUACAUGAAGCAGCAUCCAGAGAAACAGCACAGACUGCUGGGAACGGAGGAGCUGCUCGCUUGUAUGAUUAGUGGUGGGCAGAGGGACAGCAGGCUCCAGCAGGCCUCUCACGGUCUUACUGAAAUAAUCAAGAUGGCUGCCCAAACUCCUGGAAACUACAUCCUAGACCAGUGCAACAUCCUCUUCUCUGCACUCCGUCACAAGCUGCGGCUGUUCACAGGCUUCAGGCGUCGGGUGGUGGUGGUGUUUCCCUCAGGCGACGAGUGGAAAAGGCGACUGUCGCAGCACCAGAUGAGAGACGGUGAACACAUCCCAGAGACCGCCCUGCUCAAAUUACAAGUGAGCUGCAGUCUUCCAGAGCAGCAGGAUGACCUCCUGGAGGAGUUGCAGUAUGUCGAGCUGCCGCAGGAAAAGGCGCUAAAGCUCCUGCAGGAGUAUAAAGAUGAGGCCCGCAGACUGCUACCCCCCGUCCCCAAACAUGAGAAGACACGGCGACUUUACAGGAAAAGACCCCACCCUCACGGUCCUCCAUCCUCUCACAGGACAUGGAGUCAGCCGCCAAGAUACUGGAGCGUGCCUUAUCAGGAUCAGGGGUAUUACUACAGCGCGUACCAGAACUACUCAUGAGCGAACCUGGAGCAAGAGGACUCGAAUAAUGCUGCUGCAUUACCAGUGAUUACAUAACACCAACACUGCUGAGGUUUUAUUAUAUGGAACUGCACACUCCCUGCUCAAACAUAAUCAGUGUCAUAUUUUAUCUUUUAUGAAAAGACAUGGACACUUUAGGUUUUUAUUCAAAAUAUUUUAAUACAUUUUUACUUGUUCUUGCUGUACAGUGUAUAAAUGAAUUACACAGUACUGAAUUAUCAGUAACUUGUAAAUAAAACCCCAAACUUUAA